UCUCUGCAUACUGGACGGAACAGUGCCUUGUCCCCACGGAAAGGAGCUAUUUCAGUCUUCACUAAGGAAUCAUCUAACACGAUUCAACAUAACCCUGUUGAGACUUCCUUUAUUUUAAAGAUAGGAGCUGAAUUUAUUUCAUUUGCUGCUGGAGAUUAAAUGACAAGCAAAAUCUACUGUUAGGUUAGAUUUCCAGGACACGGCGUACAAGUGGAAAAUGCAAAAAACGGCACUACUCUGUUACCUCCUGUUUGCUUGUCUGUGUAUCAUUCUCGCUCAGAAUGAUGGUUAUAAAAUGCCUAGGAGAGGAAGAAGGAGAAUGCACUACAGAGGCUUAAGAAGGGGUUCCUUAAGAAACAGGAGACCAAACAAGCAGCCACAAGCCAAAUCCCCAAUCCCUACAAUUCCAGUGCCAAGCAUUCCUCUUAUUAAUACUGAUGGGGAAAUUACAGAAGUAAUUGACUCUCUCAUUGGCUUGGAUGGACACGAAUCCAGUUACAGUGUUUUACCAGGAAAGGAAGGACGCUGUUUUGCAAAUGGGAUUAUUAUGUAUGAUAAGGCUGCAUGGUCUCCUAAACCCUGUGUCACAUGCCUCUGCUCAAAAGGAAAGGUGUUGUGUGAUGAAACAUUAUGCCGUCCUCUGACAUGUCACAGAACCAAGAUACCUGAAGGAGAGUGCUGCCCAGUAUGCACAGAUAUUGUAUUAAGCAGUAUUUCACUUGGUGACGCAUCAGAAUUUUCUGGUGAUUCCCCAGAGCCCAAUGAUCUUAGUGUUAAAGCAAUGCAAAAGGCACAUACCCCAGAUGAAAGGGAUGUUCUGUUUAAAAAGGAGGGACAACUUCUUGAAAAGAAAAAAAAUAUUGUAAAAGAGAACAGGAAGAGAAAAAGAAUAAAAAGUCAGGGAGAGGGGAUAAAACAAGGACACGAAAAUGAUCAAAAGGAUGAAGAGUCAAAAAGGAAAAUGGAGGAAGAAAAACGAAGAGCAUAUGAAGAAGAGGAACUAAGAAUUGAAAAAGAACUUAACAAAAAAGAGGAAGAAAGUGAAGAGAAGGAAAAUGAACAUGAUGAAAAUGAGGAUGAGGACCAGGUGGAGGAAGACAUUCUGCGUGGUGAUGUAUUCAGAAUGCCCCCUCGUUUCCCAAUUCCUGAGCCUUAUGCUGAAAUUCCUCCUCUGCCUACUGGAUGCUCUAUCUUGGACAACACAGCAAGCUGCAUUAAUGCCAAACUUACACAAAUACCACCAAUCAUGGAUGCACAGCUUACAAGCAUAGAAUUUGUAGAGAAUUCCAUUACUUCUAUUCCAGAUGACGCUUUCAACGGGAUUCCUAAUUUGGAAAGGAUUGAUCUCCGUAAAAACAAUAUCAGCUCUUCAGGAAUAGGUCCACAAGCAUUUAAAAUUUUAAAGAAUUUGAAACGUUUAUAUCUGGAUGAAAAUGCACUAGUACACAUUCCACCUGGUUUACCAUCAACGUUAGAAGAACUUAAAAUAAACGAAAACCAACUACAUGCAAUAGAUGAAAACAGUUUUCAAGAUUUAAAAAGCUUGGUGACACUGGAAUUGGAAGGAAACAAACUUAGUGAAGCAAAUGUCAGUCCUUUAGCUUUUCAACCUUUGAAAAGCUUGUCUUACUUGCGCCUUGGGCGGAACAAAUAUAGGACUAUUCCACAGGGCCUUCCCCAUUCCAUUGAGGAACUUUAUCUGGAUAAUAACCAAAUUGAAGAAAUUACAGAAAUUUGCUUUAACCGCACAAAAAAUCUAAACAUAAUUGAUUUAAGGCACAACAAAUUAGAAGAAAGCAGAAUAGCACCUUUGGCGUGGAUCAAUCAUGAGAACUUGGAAUCGAUUGAUCUCUCUUAUAAUAAAAUAUAUCAUGUUCCAUCCUAUCUGCCAAAGUCACUCCUGCAUCUUAUACUCAUCGGGAACCAAAUUGACAGAAUUCCUGGGUUUGUAUUUGGACACAUGAAGCCAGGGCUGGAAUAUCUGUAUCUUUCAUUUAACAAACUUGAUGAUUAUGGUAUUGAUCCUGUAUCAUUCUACGGGGCUUAUCAUUCUCUAAGGGAGUUCUUCUUAGAUCACAACCAGCUAAAGUCUGUGCCACUUGGAAUUGCAGAAAUGAGGUCAUUAAGUUUUCUAAGACUCAACAACAACAAAAUAAGGUCAGUUCCACCAGAGCGCAUCUGUAAAACUAGGCAUAAUCAUGAGGACCAUGAAGAAGAAGAUGAUGAUGAUGAUAAGAGUGAAGAGGAACAUGAUUAUGAAGAUUCACAGUUAGAACACCUUCAUCUUGAAUACAACUAUAUCAAUACAAGAGACCUGUCACCAUAUGCCUUUUCAUGUGUAAGAUCGUAUUCUAGUGUGAUCCUGAAACCACAGACGAUCAAAUAAAUAAACCCAAAAAUAC